AUGGGCGAUUUCCCAAAUAAUCAAAUAACAUCCCUUCCCCAGAGAAACAGAAGAAGAAUUAAUAGAAAUUAUGCUCAUGAAGAAAGCAAAUCAACAUGUACAAAUGAGAUAGAAGAAAAUGAAGCAACUAACGAUGAAAACGUCGAUAAAAAUGCCGAUAAAAAUGCCAAUAAAAAUGCCGAUAAAAAUAUGAUGAGUGAUAUCGAAAUAUGCAACAUAAAUUUAAAUAAAAAUUAUAAAUAUGAAUACCUUGAUCAUACUGCUGAUAUAAUUUUACAUAGUUAUGGAAAUAAUCUUAAGGAAGCAUUUGAAUCAGUAUGUGUUGCAUUAUUCAAUUAUAUGUGUGAUUUAAAAAAUGUCGAAUUAAAAAUGAAAAGAAAGAUAUCAAUAAAAGGAGAUGAUUUAGACGAUUUGCUUUUUAAGUUUUUAGUUGAAUUUCAUUUUUUAUAUGGUAAUGAAUAUUUUAUUUGUAAAACUAUUAAUAUAAUUGUUUUUGACAUAGAACAAUUUUAUAUUGAAGCUUAUGGAUAUGGUGAAUUAUUUUCUACAUAUAAGCAUGAAUGUGGAACAGAAAUAAAAGCAAUAACAAAACAUGAAUUAAAAAUAGUCUCAAAUUAUAAUUCUUGUGAAGUUUUUGUAUUGGUCGAUAUAUAG